GCGCUCACCAUUCUUCGACUCGGCGGGCGAGCGACCUAGAGAGAGAGAGAGAGAGAGAGAGAGAGGAAGGUCGAGCGUUGACUCUGUCGUGUGUGAUUGAGAGAGAACUCCGAGCGAGCUAGAGAGAGAGAGAGAGAGAGAGAGAGAGAGAGAGAGAGAGAGAGAGGUCGGGCGUUGGCUCUGUCGCUCUUGAGUGUGAGAGAGAGAGAAAGAGAGUGAGGAAGGUCGGGCGUUGACUCUGUCGCUCUUGAGUGUGAGAGAGAGAGAACUCCGCGCGGGCGUUGACUCUGUCAGUUUGAGCGUGAGAGAGAGAGAACUCCGCGUUGACUUUUUGGCGCAGAGAGAGAGGUCUUGCGUUGACGUUUUGGUGCAGUGGCGACUUUGGUGCGUCGACCAUGUCGCUGAUGCCGUGGGACAGAAGCUCUCGGUGGGCGGACCCUUUCGAUCGCGCCAUGUCCCCUUGGGGAUUCUGGGACAUGGGAGCGGACUGGCCGACGGGAGUGGCUGGCACGUUGAUAGGUGGUGGGCUGGGAAGGGGGGACAGGGGUGGUACCGCUGCUAGCGAUGUUGCGCGUCUGGUCAACGCGAACGUUGACUGGGUGGAGAAGGACGACCGACACGAGUUCAAGAUCGAUGUGCCGGGGUUGAAGAAAGAAGAAGCGAAAGUGGAGGUGGAGGAUGGGCGGACGCUGGUCAUUCGAGGGCAGAGACAGAGGGAGGAGACCAAGGGCGAUGAUCGCUGGCACAGGGUGGAGAGAGCUUAUGGAACCUUCGAGCGAAGGUUCAGAUUGCCAGAGACUGUGGAAAUGGAUAAAGUCCAAGCUAAUAUGGACAGCGGAGUCCUCACCAUUAAAGUCCCCAAGCGGCCGGAGCCACAGAAAGAACCACCCAAGCCAAUCAACAUCGACUGAGAAGUCUGAGAAUGAUCGCUGAUGGAAAAGUUUGCUCACUGCUCUCCUAAUUGGAGCCGGGCUUUUGGCGUGUAGGGGUUUGUCCGUGCGUGGAGAGACACCCUGGGAGGGAGACACCGCGGAAGGUUGGGUGGUGGCGCCCUGGAAUCUUGAAGGGUGGAAGGGAGGAAGAGGGCUUGUGUUCGAUCGUAGAGCUCUCUCUCUCUCUCUCUUGUGCGAGGUGGCGCGAGAGAGAGAGCUUUCGUGCUCGCUCGCUUGCUCUCUCUCUCUCUCUCUCUCUCUCUCUCUUGUGCGAGGUGGCACGAGAGAGAGAGCUUUCGUGCUCGCUCGCUUGCUCUCUCUCUCUCUCUCUCUCUCUUUUGUGCGAGGUGGCGCGAGAGAGAGCUUUCGUGCUCGCUCGCUUGCUCUCUCUCUCUCUCUCUCUCUUGUGUGAGGUGGCGCGAGAGAGAGAGCUUUCGUGCUCGCUCGCUUGCUCUCUCUCUCUCUCUCUCAUCCGAUUGUUGUGUGUAUAGAGGAGGUUUGGGAGCGUUCGAUUCUCGUUUAGUGUGGACACGAGGAUUGGGAGAUGUGGUUCUGAUAGUGGCGGCCUUCAGGCAGGAGAGAAGGACGACCACCGUGACCACGAACUAGGUGGGUUAUAAAAGAACUCAGACGGAGAACAACUGAGUGGGAGGAAGGCUGGCUUCAUGUAAGAAGACGCAGACGAGCUUGGCAGCAUGGAACAUGCUGCCAUGCCUCCGAUACACUUGCCGACGCUUCUGUUACGAUGGGGUUGAAUCAACUGUGGAAGUUGCGUUUGAGUCGUGAGCCGAUGGGGUUGUUUUUUUUUCCCCAGUUUUUGGACGUUGGAUGGGAGAAAAUUUGGUUGCAGUGAUCAUCGAGUCGCUGGUAAUGGUCUAGAUGAUUGGCUGUCGUUGACGAUGUCAGAUAUCAGAUCCAGUCAGUCGCCGGUUGUACCUUUGUCUGAUCACAAUGCGUUUUUCUAACGUACGACCGGCGACAGACUCGAUCGGUCGUCGGACAUACUCGUGUGUAAGGGAACGGAACGCGUCAAACGGAACGCAAUAUGUUUAAUUGAAUGUGAUCAGCCAAGGUUUCGGUAGAGAUAUCCCGUUCCGUUAGACACGACGGAACCUCUUGUGUCAGUUGGAGUCGGAUAUAUGCUGUUACGAUAGACAGCUUUAGUUACAUGACACACGUCGUUCCGUCGUGUCUUAAAGGAACGGAAUACGUCUUAACGGAAUGGAAUACGUCUUAACGGAACGGAACGUGGAACAUAUAUGAUAUUGUAUACUACUUGGCCCGUAGAACGGAGGGGAUAAACGAGGAAAAUCGGUUUUGUCUGCAUUAGAUAAAAGGAAGAAAGAAAGGAAGAGGGAUAAUCGUAGCCGUAUUGAAUGGAAGGGUAGAGGUCCUCGGCGGUGAAAGAACCGUCAUGAAGCGGAGUUGAGGUGGCGGAGGUGAUGUAUGCUAUGAAAGGGAAGGUGGAAUUAUGCUGUUCUGUUGUCUUCCGUUCUGUGUGGGGGAGGUGAUUCGCAUUCUGAAUAGGACCUGUAGCGUGUGUGAGGGUUGGGAAACAUGAUGCGUGUGCAAGGGAUGGGGAAAAUGGUUACAUCGUCGACCGGCUACUGCGUCUCCCUGCGAGUAGAACGCACGGGCAUGACAGAUGCAUGUGGGUGGAUUUGCCGUCUAGAUGCGGCGACGGGUUUGAGGAUAGAUCCCGUUGGGUUGACCCUGCGUUCUAUUCCGAUGACGGCGGUACGUGGUUGACCGCACUUCUCCGCUUCGUAUCGUAGUACUGUUGAUUGGGCGUUCUAUUCGGAUCUGCUAGUUUGUACAGCGGAAAAGAUCGCCGCCUCCGAUGGGAGAUGUUGGUCGUCCGUGUCUCGUUGAAAAAACAACAACAACAAAAAAACAAAAGAAACAACAGAAGAAUGGUGUUGGCUUUGACCGACAUGUGAUUGAUAACUAUGGUUCUCACAUGCCGACGUGUGCGAGAUAACACUACUGUUUUCGAGGUACAGGAGUCCUCGUUGAAGAAGCCACCCUUGCUUUUGGUUGGAGAUUAAUAGACGAUUCUGUUCCGUUGUAACCGUGCAUGUGUGUGUGUGUUGUGUGUGUGUGUGUGUGUGUGAGUGUGACGGAAGCGGGGGAAGAAUUGAGUAUUAGUCUGUGCUCUUUUCUGGGAAUUUGAGGGUGAGGUGUGGGUCGUAAUAGCGGUAGAGCUUGGGCAGCCGGUACGUGUAUAUGCCAUUUGGCAAUGGUUGUGCUUGUGAGGUUAACGAUGGAGAUGGAUGAUUAGCGGUACAACGUUUGAGAGAGAGAGGUUGUGAAUGUUACUUCCUGGCUUGACUACGUGGUCCGGAGUGAAGAGAGAAAAGGGGAGGAGACGUAGCGUCGCGGGGUGUUUGGAAACGGGUUCUUUGUGACGUGUAUGAAGUUGGGUUGUCAUGAGAAACAGAAAAGAAAGCGGAGAGUAAAUGAAAAAGAAGAGACGAGGGAGUGGGAGAUGUGCCCAUUCGCUCCGAGCGGGUUCGAGAAGGUGAUGUGUAAAUGAUUUCGGGUUCGAGAUGGUGAUGUCUAAAUGAUUGUCGUGCCACUCGUUGUGUAUGAGCGUCACAGAGGGGACUCAGUCACUCAGGGGAGGGCCAAGUUGUUACAUCUCGACGGUCUCACGCUUCGCGAAUAUU